UCUUCGACUACAGCCAUUCCUCGUUGAAACCGUUUUUACGCGAAUUAGACGGGAGAAUUGCGGACUUUUUAAAUAAAAAUUAUAUAAAAGCGGUGUUUAAUGCAAAAAAUUUAAGUUGGUUGCCAAAAUAUUUGUGAGAAGUGGAAAAGUGUCGAAUAUGACAGUGGCUGAGGGGUUGGCGACGACGUCAGCUACAGCCAAUGCGGCUGCAAGACCGCGUUGUUUUUUCGAUAUUUCGAUUGGUGGUCUGAAUGUUGGCCGUAUUGUCUUUGAACUGUUUAAGGAUGUGGCACCCAAGACGGUAGAAAAUUUUCGAGCUCUCUGCACUGGCGAGAAAGGUAUCGGUUUGGUUACGGACAAGACUUUACAUUAUAAGAACGUCAUAUUCCACCGUGUUGUCAAGGAUUUUAUGAUACAAGCUGGUGAUUUUUCGGCUGGCAAUGGUACCGGUGGCGAAUCCAUCUAUGGCGGAACGUUUGAGGAUGAAAGCUUCGACUUCAAACAUGAUCGUCCAUUUUUGCUUUCAAUGGCAAAUCGUGGCAAAAACACCAAUGGCUCACAAUUCUUCAUUACUACACAACCCGCACCUCACUUGGACAACGUCCACGUGGUAUUUGGUCAAGUAAUAUCGGGACAAGAUUUAGUACGUCAAUUGGAGGAGCUCCCAGUCGAUAGAAAUUCACGCCCAUUACAAGAUGUUACCAUAUCAAAUUGCGGAGAACUCGUCCGACAGGUUAAAGUUAAAAAAGAUAAAAAGAAAAAGAAGCGAUCUACAGUUUCUGCUGGCGAAGAUUCGGAUGCCGGAUCAGAUGCAGACAAACGCAUUAAGCGCAAGGAAAAAAAGAAGAAAAAGGGUCGCAAGCGGGAAAAAUCCCAUGAACGAAGCUCUGGGGCUGAAAAGAGUCAAGAGGAUGAGGAGGAAAACGAAGAUGGUGAUGAAGGAGAAUUGCAUCCGCUUGUGUCUGUAACUAAAAUCGAUCCAGACGAAAUACCAGAAGUCUCGAAUAAAUUUUUGCUACGUGGUGACCGUUCGAAUCGCUCCCAAGACCGCGAACAAAAGCGUGAAUCACGAAACGACAGGUUAAGUGAAGGUAGACCCUCAUUUGGUUGGUCCAAAAAACGUGUACCAGUUUCGCGCAGUGGACGUAUUAUCAAAGGGCGCGGAGUUUUCCGUUUUCGUACGCCCUCUCGCAGCCGUAGCCGUAGUACGACUCCUCCACAUUGGAAGCGUGCUCAGAAUCGCACUAUCAAAUUGUCUGAUUUAGAGCGUCUCGAAGAGGAGAAAAAAUUACGAGACGAGGAAAUAAAAAGGCGUGAGGUCGAGCGAAAAAAACGUCACGAAGAAAUGAAGCGAGAUCCUAAAAAGUCUUUCUUUGAGUUAUCGCAUGCAAGUUCAUAUGGUGGUAGAUACAGUGGAUCGCCUGACCGUAAGAACCGAGGUAAGGACAAUCCAAGUAAUUCGCGUAAGGACAGACAUGAUGAGCGACGUUCGGAUAAAGAAAAGCCGCGUGAAAGAGAACGGGAAAAAGAAAAGGAAAGCGAGAGAGACCGAGAUAAGGCGAGGGAAAGGCGACGCGAACGUAGCGUUGAUGCAAAACCUUUACCAAAACGCAAGAAGUCGAUGGAUAUGAAUGCACUAGACUAUGAACAUCAACCGGAAAGUGAAAAUGAAGAAGGCUCGACGGAGAAAGAAUCCACUUCAAAGUUAAAGGAGAAAAAUGAGCGCUAUGACUCUUUGGAUACGGAACGACAGAAAGAUAGAGAUAAUGGGCAUGAUAAUAACAGAUCUAAGGAUAAGGAAAGGAAUAGAGAAAAGACACAAGAAAAUGAUAAAGAGCGUGGGAAGGAGAAGAGUAUGGCUAAGGGCAGUGACAAUGACAGGGCAGAGGCUAAGGAAACCGGUAAAGGGAAGGGAAAAGGUGAUCACGAGAAGGACGGCGAUAAAAAUAAAGACAAAUCCAAACCUGUGGAAAAAGACAAGGGAAGAGACAAAGACCGGGACAAGGAUAAAGAAAAAGAAAAAGAGACUACGCUUCGCAAUCGGAAUCGAUCCAGAAGUGGCUCUCGCUCUAAGCAACGUUCACGUUCUCGAUCCCGGUCGCGAUCGCGAUCGCGUGCAUCACGGUCGCGUUCGCGUUCGCGUUCAUUUCGUCGUCGCUCACCAAUCAGAGAUCGUCGCGAAAGGUUUCCCAUGCGUAGAGGUGGCUUUCGUUCGCCUCCUAGGCGCGAUUUUCGCGGCAGACGUGGCGGCAAUCCAUUCAUGGAUCGUCGUCGUCGCUCUGUGGAGCGCUAUCGUAAUCGCUUGCCGCUAUCACCGUUACGCACACGUCGCGCAACGCCUCCACAAGAUCGACGGUCACGUAAUCGGUCGUUAUCACGAAGUCGAUCUCGAUCACAACGGCGCGAUCAUAUGCGUAAACGUUCGGCUGAUUCUCGAGAGAAGCGAACACGUUCUAAGUCGCGUGACCGACGUACCUCAUCCAAGUCACGGGAACGAGGCUCACGAACACGUGGUCGUCGCACCAGAUCCAAAUCGCGAUCACCUAUUCGCCAAACACGCAACAGACGUUCUGAUACACGUUCACCAAGACGUUCAAAAUCGGCAAAUUAUACACGAAAAUCGAAUGAACGACGUUCCGUCUCCAAAAAAGAGAGUAACUCAGAUGCAAAUGUAAGUUCAGGUAGCCAUGCGGGCACGACAUUUGGUAGUGCUGAUAAAAUGCGCGAAAAAAUGUUGAAACGUGCUGAGGCUGCACAAAUGCUGAAAGACCAUAUGCGUAAAGAAAUAGCGAGGGAGGAAGAACGACGUGCGGAGAAGCAGCGACUGGAUGACUUGGAAAAGGAAAAAACAGCACGCGAACUUGAGGAAUUAGAACGUCUCAAAUUGGAGACACUGCAAAAGCUGGAAGAGCAUGAAAAUCUUAAAAAACUUACAGUUAUAGCAGCUGUGGCUGAAGCAAUCAGUACAAAAGAUGGUAAGGAAGAAAAGUCUAAAGAAAAGAAAAAGAAGCGUAAGAAGUCAAAAAAACGUUCGCGUACCUCGGGCACCGAAUCCAAUUGAGAUUUGGUUCAACUGAUAUACGUAACAAGAAGGCAUAUUUACUCAAAUAAUUGAAAUUAUAUUACAUUGAAAUAUGGGGCAUAUGUUUGAGUGAACUUAUUUAGUUUUUAUUACAUACAUAUUCAUAUGUAUGUAUGUAUGUAAAUUCGCAAGAUGCACUCUACUGGGUGUAUGCAAAACGUUUUGAAGACACAUAGAAAACAUUGAAUGAUUUAAAUUAAAAUUAACUCUUCACUCAUUUUUUGAAUGUUUAAUAUAAAAGAACAUUUUAAUUAAAAAAUCAAAACAA